CUCCAACUUUAGCCUGACACGGCCGCCCAGGGCAGGCACUCGCGUCCUGGAAGCCUUCCCUUAGCUUUGAGCUUCAUUUACAACAACAGCUCCAUUAUUUCCUCCCCAAAGACUUCAGAACUCUGCACCAGUUUGCGUUUCGAUUCUAAUUUCGACAUUACAGCAGAGGAACUUCCUAGAUAGACAGGCAUCAUGGCGGACAGAUAUUCCUUCUCGUUGACAACAUUCAGUCCAAGUGGGAAACUUGUACAAAUAGAGUAUGCAUUGAAUGCUGUCAAUCAAGGUGUCACUGCGCUUGGAAUCAAAGCUACGAACGGAAUUGUCCUGGCUACAGAAAAGAAGUCAUCAUCCCCCCUCAUCGAUCCUCCUUCGCUGUCAAAAGUCAGCCUCAUCACCCCAAACAUCGGCAUGGUCUACUCCGGUAUGGGCCCAGAUUACAGAGUAUUGGUCGACAAGGCGCGCAAAGUCUCACACACCGGCUAUAAGAGAAUCUAUAACGAAUACCCUCCAACGAGAAUAUUAGUGCAAGAUGUAGCAAGAGUCAUGCAGGAGGCUACGCAAUCAGGAGGUGUGCGGCCUUACGGUGUCAGUCUGCUGAUUGCUGGAUGGGACGAGGGUAUCGAGCCAGAGUCGGAGGAUGCUGCGACUGCUGAUACACACCCGGACGAGAAGAAGGUAUCGGGCAAGACUGGUGGCACUCUGAAGGGCGGACCUAUGUUGUACCAGGUCGAUCCAAGUGGAAGCUACUUCCCAUGGAAAGCAACCGCUAUUGGCAAGAGUGCUACUUCUGCAAAGACGUUCUUGGAGAAGAGAUACACUGAGGGUUUGGAGUUGGAGGAUGCCGUCCAUAUUGCUCUGUUGACAUUAAAGGAGACUAUCGAGGGUGAGAUGAACGGCGAGACUGUGGAGAUUGGUAUUGUUGGACCACCAGCACACCACUUACUUGGUCUUGAGGGAGUUGAGGGAGCGCAAGGGCCAAGAUUCAGAAAGUUGACACCGCAAGAGAUCGAGGAUUACCUUACGAAUCUAUGAUCCUUUUCUUUUGCAAUGCAGGGUCAUUUUCGUUGCGCAUUCAGAGCAUCUGUGUAUUAUAGAAUGGCAUGAGAAGACAAAAUGAAGGACACGAGAUACCAACCA